AAUGUACACUAUGCUUAUUUUAUAUAGUGCGGACGGAACUAUGUGCAGUGGAUGCCGUUAUCAUCAGUGCUAUCAUGAUUUCCACCUGAUAACGGUGCGGAUAUCAACAACGUUAUCGUAAGCGUUUCCCGGUGCGUCGAACGCCGGAAACGUUUUCCAUCGCGAGUUAGGCGUCAAGAUGAUUGUGAAAUCGUUGUGCUCGUUGAACACGACGUGGUGCAAGACGAUAUUCCUCUACGGCCGUUUCCUGAAGGUCAACCGGACCGCAACGUUACGACCGUACAGCGGUGCGGCCAAACCGGCGUGCAACAUCGGUACGAUCGGUCACGUGGACCAUGGCAAGACUACACUGACGGCGGCCAUCACCAAGGUGCUCGAGAAGGACGGCUUAUCACAGUUCGUUGCCUACGACCAGAUCGACAAGGCGCCCGAAGAAAAGGCUAGAGGUAUUACCAUUAACAUAGCACACGUUGGCUAUGAAACUGUCAAACGCAAGUAUGCCCACGUUGACUGUCCUGGCCAUGCGGACUUUGUCAAGAACAUGAUUGUUGGAGCGUCUCAAAUGGACGGUGCUAUUUUAGUGGUUGCCGCUACGGACGGUUCGAUGCCCCAAACGCGUGAACACUUGUUAUUGAUUAAACAGGUUGGUGUUAAACAUGUUGUAGUGUACAUUAAUAAAGCCGACAUCAUCGAUAAUGAAGUUAUUGAACUAGUUGAGCUUGAGAUACGAGAAUUGCUUACCGACUUUGGUUUUAAUGGUCAUGAAAUUCCAUGCAUUGUAGGUUCUGCUCUUCUCGCACUGAAAGGCAAUACAUCUGAAUUCGGAGAACAAUCUGUACGGAAGCUUUUGGAUGCUGUCGAUUCCUAUAUACCAACCCCAGAACGAGACUUUACGUCUCCGUUUUUCUUACCCAUUGAUAAUUUUUUACUUGUACCUGGUCGAGGGUUAGUCGUCAUUGGCACCAUAAAAAAAGGAACGGUAAAAAAAAAUGAUAAAAUUGAUUUGCUAGGAUUUGAUGAAAAAAUAACUACAUCUAUUGGUGAUAUUCAAAUAUUCAAAACAUCUGUACCAUACGCCAAAGCAGGUGAAAAUGUUGGUAUACUGUUGAGAGGCAUAAAACCUAAAUCACUCCGUAAGGAGGGUGGACGAUCAAAACCAAUUAUGUCUAACUAUCAACAACAGUUAUUUAGUCAUACAUGGAAUAUUGUUUGCAGAAUUGAUUUGGAUCCAGCAGUGCCCAUGAUAAUGCCUGGAGAACAUGGUGAUGUAAAAAUCAUACUGUUAAAUAAAAUGAUUAUGGAUAUUGGACAACCAUUUACUAUUCGAGAAAACGAAAGGACCGUAGCUACUGGUAUUAUUACUAAAUUUUUGUCAAAUGUUAUUGUAACUAAAAAUAAUUUAAGUAAAGUAAAUUUUGAGCAAAAAAUUUCUGAAAAUAGUUAA